GUUUUUUUAUUUUUUCUCAACUUUUUGAACCGGCCUCGGGGGAUCCGUUAGGAUGCAGCUCCAUUGUUUACACUCGAAAUCAGCUGUUAGCUCUUGGACGAGUUGAGAUUCUCCUCGCUGGAAAGCCAGAUGUUCCAGCUGAAAUACGGAGGAAACGACGAGGCUGCAGAGCUGGAGUUAAACGCCGGGAGAGAAGACGGAGCGGGUGUACCGUGAGAGCAGCCUGCUGUGUUUCACCGAGACGUGGCUCAACCAGGACAUGACAAACUCCGUGGUCUCAGUUACUGGAUUCACGCUGGUGCGGGCGGACCGGAGCACGGCACAGAGCGGAAAGAAGAAAGGCGGUGGUCUGGCGGUGUUCGUGAAUGACAGGUGGUGUAACCCGAACCACAUCACUGUGAAAGAACAGCACUGCAGCAAGGACAUUGAACUGGUGGCAGUCAGCGUUCGGCCGUACUACCUUCCACGGGAGUUCUCCCAUGUGCUGGUGGUGACGGUUUACGUCCCUCCGUCGGCUGACGCUGCUGUCGCUUGUGAGCGCGUGCACAGCACCGUGUCCCAGCUGCAGACACAACACCCGCAGGCCCUGAUCCUGAUUUCUGGGGACUUUAACCAUACAUGCACCCCCCUCUCCGCCACCCUGUCCAACUUCACCCAGUAUGUGAACUGUCAUACAAGGGACAGAAAAACCCUGGACCUUUUCUAUGCUAACAUCGAGAAUGCAUAUGCUUCUGCCCCCCUCCCCCCUUUAGGACGCUCUGAUCACAACCUGGUCCAUCUCUCCUCUGCGUACACUCCAGUGGUGAAACAGCAGAAACCACAGAUUAAAACGGUGAAGAUCUGGACUGAGGAAGUAACAGAGCGACUAAGGGACUGUUUUAGCACCACAGACUGGGACGUUCUCUGCAGUCCACACGGGGAGGACAUUGACAGUCUCACUGACUGCAUCACGGACUAUGUGAAUUUUUGUGUGGACAACACAGUGCAAACAAAAUCAGUGCAGUGUUUUUCCAACAACAAGCCCUGGGUUACUCCUGAGCUGAAGACCCUCCUAAAUGAAAAGAAGAGGGCUUUUCUCUCUGGGGACAAGGAGGAGCUACGCAGAGUACAGAGGGACCUGAAAUAUAAGAUCAGGAAGUGCAAAGACGCUACAGGAAGAAGCUGGAGCAGCGCCUGGAACAGAACAACAUCCGUGAUGUGUGGAGAGGUCUGAAACACAUCUCAGGACAUGCUGAGGCUGGAAAUGGUCGCCAGGUCACAGGUGACCAAGCCUGGGCAAAUGAACUGAACCUGUUCUUCAACAGAUUUGAUUCUGCCCAGCCCCCAGUCUCCACCCACACGGCCCCCCUGCACACC